AUGGAGCGAAUGAGAGGAUGGCACGUGGCAUGGGGUUUUGAUUUGGGUGGUAGUGAGGGUGAGGUUAUGGGGUGUGGUCCCCAGGAAUUUGUGGUGAAGGAGGAAGAAACAGUGACAGGUGGUGGUGGUGGUUCAUCAUCAUCAUCAUCUUCUUCUUUGAGCUUUACUCCACAACCAAUGGAAGGGUUGAACGAAGUGGGUACCCCACCCUUUUUGACAAAGAUCUAUGACAUGGUCGAAGAUCAUUCCACAGAUUCUGUUGUGUCAUGGAGCACUUCUUGCAAUAGCUUUGUUGUGUGGGAUUCUCACAAGUUUUCUACUACACUUCCUUCCCUCGUUAGCUUCAAGCACAUGUGUCUUCCUGCUUUAACUCUCUACCUUCAAAGCACGCCAAUUUCUCCACUUCAUUCGCCAGCUCAACACUAUUUUCCUUCUUUUGCUGGUUUAAGUGUUCAAACUCUUUGUGUUGGUCGCGCCUUGUUGCUUGGCUUUAGGAAAGUUGAUCCUGAUAGAUGGGAGUUUGCAAAUGAAGGAUUUUUGGCAGGACAGAGGCACUUAUUGAAGGGCAUAAAGAGAAGAAGAAGAGUGUCACAGAGCAUGCAAGAAAGAGGAGUAGGAGGAGCAUGUGUUGAAGUGGGAGAGUUUGGACUAGAAGGUGAGUUGGAGAGGUUGAAAAGAGAUAGGAACAUUCUGAUGGCAGAAAUUGUGAGGUUGAGGCACCAACAGCUGAACUCAAGAGACCAAUUGAGUGCCAUGGAAACCAGAUUGCAAGCCACAGAGAAUAAACAGCAAAAGAUGACCAUAUUCCUUGCCAAAGCACUAAAAAAUCCAUCUUUCAUGCAACAAUUAGUCCACAAGACCCCCCAAAGUAGAGAAAUCUUGGAUGCUGAAAUCAAUGGGAAAAGGAGACUAAUUGCUGGCCAGAGUUUGGAGAACCUGCAACAAGAUGAUCCUGUAACAUUGAUGGACUAUUCAAAACAACAAGAUUUGGCAACUAUGGAGCCUGAGAUGAACACUUUUUUCUCACCAGCUUUUGAUAGUGAACUUGGUCAUGAAAUCAAAGAGUCUGCACUAGAUUCUGAUAUAACAGCUAGUCAGACUUAUUUUGGAGACACAAUAUUGGAGGACUUGCUCAUUGAAGACUUGGUCACUGGGGAUCCAAAGGAUGAAGUUAUCAUUGGUGAUUGUUCCCAGAUUGAUGUUCCAGUGGAGGAUUUGGUAGCAGACCCCGAUGAUUGGAAUCAUAUGGACCAUUCAGGAUCAAAACCAUAGGAAUGAAAAGAGUACUGUCAGCAUCAACUGGUCAUAUCUCUGUAAUUUCAUUCACACUGCAUCAUGGUGGUACAGUUUGGUAAUGUUGUGAACUAUUUCUGGUUUUGGUUUCAGUUUUGUGUGUUGUUUGAUGAUUGAUAUGAACUGGUUUUAUGCAGCAGGGAAGGUGGUAGUUGCAAAAGAAGCCAACAGAUACUAGAUGCAGCUCUUAUUCAGAUCAUUUACUAAGUUUUUUAUGAACAUUCAAUGUGAUAAUGCUACAAAUCAUUUCAUUCUUAUUUGGAUGACCUAUUCUUUGUUUGCAUUUUAUGUUAUGCAGGAGAGAUCAAAUGGAGGUGCUUGAUCGUUGUGGUGCAAAUAGUUUACUGAGAAUUGAAAUUAUCAUUCUGCUACAUAAGAUUAAUGGAACGAGUUUCAUUGUUGAAGAAGGACAAAAUUAUCUAGUUCUUGUAAAAUAAUAUAUUUUGUCCCAUAAGACAUGAA